CUGGCUGUAGAUGAACAGAAAGAAAAAAUUACUGAAAAAGCAAUUCUUUCAAUGACAGCAAAGGAACACCAUAAGGCACAAGAAGAAGUGAGCAGGCUGAUUGAUGAAUUGCAGACAGCUAUCAAAAGCAACAGAGGUCAUCUCUCUAAACUUGGCCCCCAAUUACAGGCUGAGCAGGAGCAAUUCUCCUCUUAUGUCUACCAACACAUUAAAAGCCUUCCAGCAAACACUCUUAUCCCAGGAGGCCUGCAGCUCAAGAUAUUUGAAAAUGGUAAAGACACUGGCGAGAUCUCUGUUUGCAUCAGCAAAAAAGACCUGGAGUCUAAUAGUCCAACUCAAACUGAUGAUAUGAUGGAAAAAUUACUUCUCAAGAUUCAUCAAAGGCUUCGAGGAUCACCCAUCAACCCAUCAGGUCUAAAUUUUUCUUCAAUCCGGCUUUUUGAUGAACAUGGUCAAGAAAUUAAGAAUCCACUUUUGCUGAAGAAUGAGCAGAAAAUUUGGGUCUCUUAUGGUAAAGCAUACAGAUCUCCACUUACACCUGUUUUGAGUCUCACCUUUGACCAGGUGACUGCAUUUGACAGAGAUGGCAUUACAGUAGCAUAUAAAACCUUCUUGGAUCCUAAUGCUGUUCUGCUACCUGGAUGUGACAGUUGGGAAGUUUGUGAGAGAUUUCCAAUUAAUUUGAACAGUACCAGUCAAGAGAUACCUGAUCAAUUUGAAAAGGUGGACUUGGAGAACCAUUUCCUACAGAACAAGGUGGAUCCCAAUAUUGUCCUUCAUGCCUCUGUUUCCAUCAAAAAGCGGAGCUCCUCCAGUAGGGAAGCAAGUAGUGGAAGUGAGACUGCGCCGUCCAUCCUGUGGCCUGCAGCCAGUGUGUGGCUGAUCACAAAGGCUGGAAUGAUCCUGAGCCGGGCGAUAACGCAGGGCUGCCUAGCUAUUGGUCAUCCAAUCAGAGUCAAGGCUGCUGAGGGAACAUCACUAGAAGGAUAUAAAUUAAUCCUACAGAAAAGACAUAAAGGAGAUAAUUCUCAAAAGUGGGUGUUUGGAACUGACAGCUGCAUUUAUUCGAAGGCUUAUCCACAGUUUGUUCUGACCUACCUAGAGGAGCUCACCGCACAAGUGGGUAUGACCCAGACAGAAUAUCACAUUCACCGUGGUGCCCGGACUACAGCUCAUCAGGAACAUGGUAGCAGCUUAGCAGGAGAGGUUCUACAAGAAUGUGCUAGCAUCCCUGGUCUGAAGCAACUGCCAGAGCCUUCAGACACCCAUUUAAUGCCAGAAGGUCCUCUUGGGGAGACAAGGCAGCUGACAGUGGCACUGAUGAGGAAACUGGAAGAGAAACAUCCUAAGGCUUCUGCUCAGAGGUGGGCCAUAAAACAUGAAGGGACUAAUAAGCCAGGCCAGUGGAAACAUUCCAGAGUUGAAAAUCCGCUCUGGAACAAGCUUACCUACAUGUGGCCAGUUCUUCCCAGUGGACAACUUAAUGAGGAGUUUGAUUGGCCAAUAGAAGGACUGCUUAUUCCAAACAGUCCUCCCAUGAAGAAAUCUAUCUGUAAGACCCCAGAGCUGAGUGUCCCUGUGAGGCUCAGAGUUCUACGGAAUGGAGACAAGAAUAAAAACAGAGCCUUUGUUAUAAUUGGUCCAGACAUCUCACCUGGACGGAAAAUACAAAAUGUUGACGUUAGAAGGGAAAAAAACGUGAAAAACCACAUUACUAAGUAUUUUGAAACAGAAACAACCCAGACUGAAUUUCACCAACUUUUGGAGAGGUGCACUGAAAUUUUAAAUUUACCUUCCGCAGCUCGGAGAUUGUUCAAUGAAAAAGGAAAAGAAAUCUUUGCCUUAAAAGACCUUCAAAGGGAUGAACUGGUAUAUGCUUCAUGUGGAGAACACUGGAUCAAUCCUGAUAUGUCCACUGCUCAGCAAAAGAAGCAAAUCUUCCUGAGGAACUUAGCAUCAGAUAUUUCUAAAAUCCAAACUUUCUGCAGUAUACGUAAGAUAGAGGCUCUUGUUUUAGAAGUCCAAAGUGACAUUGUGUCUGGAGCCAAGCUUGCUGUGCAUAAACCUGUAGCAAUUUUUGGAGAAGAGAAGCAAAUGAUAGGACCAGAGGAAAAGCAAAUGCAAGAAAAUGCUUUAACAACAGAAAAAGCUUCCAGUGAAAUUCUAGAUUCACAUGCAAGAGCCCAUCUCCGAAUGAAAGCUUGUCACACACUUCUCAGGUAUGCCUGGCAGGAAACUCCUCAUGACUUUGAUGAGGAUGACAGUCUUCCAAAGAAAAUGGAAGAAGAACUCUUUGAAAAUGUGGAACCACAGAAGAAACACAGCCAUUCUCCAAAGCAGAGUAAAUUGCAGAAGCUUUGCCGCCAGCAGUUUGAAUACAGAGAUGGGCAAAUUAUAAGCUGUGCCGCUCCUCAGCUAGUUUUGGGAGUCCGAGGUCCUGAUCUGCGCUCAGGCACAGAGGUAGUUUUGGUGGAGAAAAAAGCAGAUGAUAGUCAUCAACGAUGGAUGCACAAGAAAGGCAGCAGGACCUUUCACCUGGUGAGUAACCCAGACCUUGUGCUGGCAGUGUCUAUGACCAAAACAAGAAAUGAUGUCUGUGGCUAUCCAGUUAUUAUUCAGAAAUACAAACCAUAUAACAAUGGGACGUCCAAUCAAAAGUGGAAUUGUGUGGAAGAUAGCAAAACUUUUGUGGCCUUUCAUAGCACUGCACUGGACAAGGAGAUCACAGCAGCAAAUUAUGCUGGCAUUUGUACAUCCUCUGUGAUUAAAGAGGAAAACGUUGACCAACCAGGAUACUAUUAUCUUGCACCGACUGGAAAGAGAAAAACACUGCUCUGCUUAGCAUGUGGGCGAUCCAUGAGAGCAGAGAAGGGGCUCAAACAGUUGCUUCCAGGGCUGCCAUUCCUCUGUGCCUCGGGCUCCAAGACCCAGAAGCAGUUCUCACGAGGCCCUUUCAAGGUCAUCAGUGUGGCAGGGGCUGAUUUGUCUUCCUAUGAGGCUGAGAAAACGCUAAGUUAUUAUGAAGAACGCCUGUUAUCUUUACGGAGGAAGACCUGCACCCAAGUUGUACCUCAUAGUGGUACAGCAGCUAUGCACCAGAAGGCAGUGAAAAUAAUUGCAUACAAAAACGGAGGUGGAUAUCGGAAUGGGAAGUUAAUUGUGGCUGGAACAUUCCCCACACUUCUUACAGAAUGCACGAAGCAACUUGGUCUCACCAGGGCAGCCUCCAAAGUAUAUACCAAAGAUGGAACCAUGAUCCUUUCCUUAUGUGAUUUGGUUUUAUGGGCGCUAGAGGAGUCUUUCAUCCAGAGGGACACCGAGAAACAAAAGAAAGAGGCAGUUCCUGUUCAAACAAAGGAGACAACUAUUAAAAGUACAAAAGAAAACCAGAGAAUGAAAGUGAAAACCAAAUUGUUUCCAAAGUCUGUGACAUCCGAUAGUUUGGAUGAUAUAGAUAAGUCUCUGCUCACCCUCGUCCUCAGAAAUCCCAUUGCUAUCUGGGUAUCCUGCGGUGAACCAUUUCUAUCUCCAAAGACUUUGCAGAAAGCAGAAAAAGUAGAAAAACAGAACUGGUUAAAAAAGGACAAAAUUUUGGCUGAUCUAGACACCAUGAAACACAAAAUGAGACUGUUAAAAGGGCGGCGAGUAGCAGCAUGUCAGCCAGCCGCCAUGGUUCCCAACAAAAGCCCCAUGCAGCCGGUGGUGGUGGAGGGAGGCUGGACUGAGCAGACUCAAGAGGAAAUUAAACUCAUGGAACUCAUAAGACAUACAGAGGCGUACCUUUCUGCAGUUCAAGAACCACAAACCAAGAGAAACUCUCCAGUUGAAACUACACGUAUCGCACUCAGACAGAGCAGCCUGUAUCAGCAACCGAAUGCAAAACGCGUGUGGAUUUAUCUAAAUGGAGGCAGACCUGAAGAUGGCACUUAUGCCUGGGGCAAAACUAUGUCAGAGCUGCUGAGUGACUGCUCCUCUCGUCUUAAAAUGGUCCGCCCAGCCACAACACUGUACACACCUGAUGGAGAACCAAUUCACUCAUGGGAUGACAUAGAACGAGACAUGGUCAUCUGCGUUUCCACGGGACAUGGCUUUAUAACCCAAAAAGAGUUAAAGCAACUGAUGGAGGUCAGGGCAAAUUAUGCCAGAAUCCGAAGGCAGCAGGGCCCUGAAGCCACAAACAUCGUGGUGUCACAACCUGACAAGCUGCAAUUCCUGCUACAUCUACACAGUUAA